GGGAGAGAGAGGUCACAUGUGCUGGGAGUAAUUCUGAGUAUUGCUGCAAUGCUAGCAUUGUUAGAUUUUGCCUGUUUUUAGGACAUGGAAUCAAUAUGUGUGCAUUUGCAAAUUGGAUGUUGUACUUCACCAUUUGGAUGAGUCUGUGGCAAAAUUUACCCAUCACCACUCAUAUAAUAAAUCUGAAUGAAUUGUUUACAAUUUUAGCUAGUUAGAAGAAGUGAAUUUCUGUACCUUCAUUUCUACUCAGAUGUUUUCACAUCUUCUCAGCUAUUGUUGACCUUUAGUUGCAGUUAAGUAACCACUUGCUGAAUUAUUGUAGCCUUUAGUUGUUAUAGAACAACCUUACCAUAAGGGGGUAAACACCUACACACAGAACAUAUUUUUUAUACCUUUAUCUAACUAGGCAAGUCAGUUAAGAACAAAUCCUUAUUUACAAUGACAGCCUAGGAACAGUGGGUUAACUGCCUUGUUUAGGGACAGAUUUUUACCUUGUCAGCUCGGGGAUUCAAUCUUGCAACCUUUCGGUUACUGGCCCAACGCUCUAACCACGAGGCUACCUGCCGCCCCAAAUACACCAACCACACAAUGGAAAAGAGUACUUUGUGUCAUUUGUUUACUGUGACAGUUUCUAGGCAAGAAAAGAUUGUCAAAGAGUUUAUGAUGCUCUCAGUCAUCAUCAUCCCACCAUGGAACCAGAAGUGUAGAGAGCAGAGAGAUAACUUACUCUUUAUGCACACUGGACUCUACCCACACACUCACAUAUACUUAUACUGAUACACACACACACACUGCAUACGCCCACACACACAUAACAUGUGCACACAUGCUUACUGACCACACACACACACACACACACACACACACACACACACACACACACACACACACACACACACACACACACACACACACACACACACACACACACACACACACACACACACACACGCACACACACACACACACUUUCACACUCACCACAUACGCUGCUGCAACUGCUCCACAUAUGCUGCUGCUACAGCUCAGUCUUAUCUAUCCUGUUGCCUUGUCACUUUACCCCUACCUAUAUGCACAUAGCUACCUCAAUUACUUUGGUACCCCUGCACAUCAACUCGAUAUUGGUACUCCCUCUAUAUAGACAUGUCAUUUUUACUUGUGAUUUUUAUUCGUUCACUAUGCAUUUAUUCCCUCUGUUACUAUUUCUGUUUAAUUUAAAAAAAAAUGUCUUUAACUCUGGAUUUUUGGAAAAGGAUUUGCAAGUAACUAUUUCACUGGUAGUCUACACUUGUUGUUCACAAAGCAUGUGGCAAAUAAAAUUACAUUUUGAUUUGAGAUAAGACUUCAGGUAUAGUGGGCGUUUUUCUUUACAACCACUGAUAAUUCAUUGCAUUUUGUCAAAGUCACAGAUGUUUUGUAUUAUUUUACUGGCAGCACAAUUCAGUCCCAUAAAUUUGAUGUUAAUGUGGUUAAAGUAUUAUUAUGUGGCUAAGAGAUUAUUGACUCUUUUCACUAAAUCAUGAAUUGAUGGUCUUUGUUAAAAAUUGCAUUCAUGUAUGUUUUGCUUUUGCAGCCAUUGCCUAAGGUAUGUCUUAUGAUGGGAAAAUCUCUAUCUUUCUGUCAUUCCCACAUGUGGGGACAUUAUAAUGUUGGUGUCUAUACGCUGCAUGUAGAUACUGAUUGUGUGUGCGCAUGCGUGUGUGUGUGUGUGUGUUAGGAGGGAGGCUCAGGCAGAUAUGUGUUAGCUAAUGCUGUCUGAGAGCAGCUGGGCAGGGCUAAUAAACGAACAAUAACACAAUGACAUCACCCAGAGAGAGAGAGAGAGAGAGAGAGAGGGGGUGCGUGCAAGCGAGCCAAAGCAAGGGAGAAGCUCAGAUGCAGAGAGGCAGGAGAGAGAGAGAGACCGUGUGUGAGUGGGAGAGCACUGGACAGUACUCACUCAACAUUGACAGGGGAUACAGCUCUUUCCAGAAGAUUUUGCAUUUUUUUCCCCCCCUCUCUUCCAUUGCACCUCUCCCCCUCCCCCUUUCCCCUUCCCCUCAUCCUCUGUCAGCCCCUCUCAGCCUCUGCUUCAGGCUGCUCCUCCGGGCAUGCUACUUAAGCCAAAGUAUGGCCGCUUUCGCAACGCCUCUGUGACCUCCUCCUCCGACGACCUGAUGCAGAGCUUAGCCAUGAGCGGCAAAGUUGUGGCCACCCCUGUGGUCCUCUCCUCCACCCCCAGCCUGCUGCUGCCCCCCCUGCCUCCUCUGGAGUCCAUCCCCGGGUCCUCCUCCGCAGCCCCGGCCCUAGCCGACUCCCCCUGUCUGGACGGGGAGCAGGACGCCACCACCACUUUCUGCAUGCUCAUCCCCAGGAUGCCUCAGUGGAAGUUCUCCAACACUCUGCUGAGCAGGAGCCCCUCCAACUCCAGCUCCAGCUCCAGCUCAAGCUCAUGCAAGGACUCCGGCAAGACUGCGGCCCCCUCAUCGCAGGGCUCGCACGGCCCCAGUGGCCCUUCGGCCCCCAGUGGUCCCGUGGCAAGUCUGGCUGCUGUUUUGAAUUCCUGUGACCCUGUGUGUGUCACCCCCUGUUCCCUACAGGCCAUCAGCCGGCAGAGAUCUGCAAUGCGCUCAGCCAGUCCAGGGGGCCACGGAGCAGGGGCUGCAGAGGGCACAGGGAGCCCUGGGGGCCACAAUGGCUUCAGGACAGGGAUGAACCGCAGGACCAGGGUGGAGGGCAUGUGGCUGGGAGGGGAGGACUUCAACCAGAAGGGCAGCUUCAUCCACAAGCCCUCCCAGGGAUGGCUGCACCCAGACAAGAAUAUCACAGGCCCUGGGGCCUCCUACAUUGUCAGGUACAUGGGCUGCAUUGAGGUGUUGAAGUCGAUGCGAUCGCUGGACUUCAACACUCGGACCCAGGUGACGAGGGAGGCCAUCAACAGACUGUGUGAAGCUGUGCCUGGGAGUAAGGGGGCCUGGAGGAAGAAGAACAUUAACAAGGCCCUGCAGACCAUCAUGGGGAAGAGUAACCUGCGCUUCGCUGGUAUGGGCAUCGCUGUCAACAUCUCUAUAGAGGGCCUCAACCUGCUCAUCCCCACGACACGACAGGUGAUAGCACACCAUCCCAUGCAGUCUAUCUCCUUUGCCUCUGGGGGAGACACGGACACGCCCGAUUAUGUUGCUUAUGUGGCCAAAGAUCCAGUCAAUCAGAGAGCAUGCCAUAUCCUGGAGUGUUGUGACGGUCUAGCCCAGAAUGUCAUCAGUACCAUCGGCCAGGCCUUUGAACUGCAGUUCAAACAGUACCUCCACAGCCCUCCCAAAGCCAUCCCCACCAUGGAGAGGAACAUCAGGACAGAGGACUCGGCAUGGGGUGAUGACGAGGACUCCUCGGAGCAUGACUACUACAACAGCAUCCCAGGGAAGGAGCCUCCUGUUGGAGGAGUGGUAGACUCGAGGCUGAGGCCUUGUACGGCCUUGCUGGGCCACGUCCACAGCCAACCACAGAGCAAGGCAGCGCAGAUGGGUUCUCCGGCCAGGAGAGACACGGCGUCCUACCCCUCAGGUCAGCUGUGCUACGAGCUUCACUGGGACACUGAGAACAACGGCAGCUCAGGUCUGACAUCAGAUGGGUACCUGCGGGCAGACGGCCAUCCCCCGGGAAGUAGGGACUAUGAAGAGCACCUGUAUGUGAACACCCAGAGUCUGGAGGGCCUGGAGCAGGGAGCAGAGGGCCAUAGGGGGGCCAGGGGGCCAGACAGCCCCAAGAAAGACAUAUUUGACAUGAAACCCUUUGAGGAUGCUCUGAAGAUGCACGAGGCCGGUGGUAACGGUGGGGUGUGCGUGUUGGAGGACCAGUGGCCCAGUCCGCCCCGGCGUCGUGCCCCUGUCGCCCCCACAGAGGAGCAGCUUCGGCGGGAGACCUGGUACCAUGGCCGUAUGAGCCGCCGGGACGCUGAGAAACUGCUGGUCCGAGACGGGGACUUCCUUGUACGAGACAGUGCCACCAACCCAGGCCAGUAUGUCCUGACGGGCAUGCACUGCGGUCUGCCCAAACACCUGCUACUGGUUGACCCAGAGGGAAUGCCCACUCCUCCUCGUCACUGCCAGGUACGAACCAAAGACAUGCUGUUUGAGAGUAUCAGUCACCUGAUCAGCUACCACCUGAAGAACGAGCUGCCCAUCGUGGCAGCCGAGAGCGAGCUGCACCUCAAACAGGUGGUCCGGAGGAAAGAGGGGACAGCGUUCUGGAAUGGAGUCAGAGGUGUGUCCAUAUAACCCCCAGGGAGGAAGAUCUUCACUUUGGCAUAUCCCCCAGAAUCAGAGCUUUCGCAGGGGUAGGAGGACACAGGCAACUCCCUCUGUCCAGGACCCAAGGGCAUGGCUGCAGUACCUGGCUGCCUCCUACAGUGCCGACAAACUUUCCACCAUCUCCACCUGAACUCUCAGUAUACAGUCAUUAAGCUAACCGACGCAUCAGAACAGCCCAGCCAAUCACAAGGAUGGAAUGUGAGGUCACAGUCACAUUCAGUAGUUGUUCCAUAGGAAAGCAUCAUUUGUGAGUGCAUGAUGAUGUUGCACCUCAUACUGCUGAUGUCAUACACAGUCCCAGAAUGAUUUGGGUUCCCUGUGUCUUUCAACGGACAAAUGUGAACAUUGUAUAUGAUAUGUGAGAAACUCCUGGCAGCAAAAUAUCACUAAAUUGUUUUAUCAGAAUGCAGUUCUUUACUCCUCAGACAUUGGGAUGCUUUAAUGGACUUUUAUAAACUGUUCAUCUGCAGCAGUAGCACCUGCACCUUCAUGAUUUAUUCAUAUGUAAUCUCAGGACCUAAUUCUGAAGGUGUUAAAUAUCUGAUUGCAUGAAUUGAAAUAUGCUUCAGAGAUACAGUACUAACCAGACACCAACCCUGAAAAUGUGUCUGUCUCUCUGUCCCAUCCAUAUCCACAGGAAGUCUGCAUAACACAACAUUGGGAAUAUACAGUUGGUCAAAAUACAUGGGUAGAACUCCGAAUAUCAAUGUGUUGAAUAAGAACCACAUGCUUGUCAAAGUGUUUGUAUGGGACAGUCAUAGCUCGCCAGUGAAUACCUACCCAAGUUGUGUGUUACCAUGUCUACUGUGUGAAGUUAUCACACUGGUCAGAGCCUGUGCUCUCAGAAGGCAAACUGUAUUACUACAAAUGACUCAGUGUAAAGAUAAUCAAGACCCAUAAAAUAGUUCAGUGCCUUAAUACUUGGUGUUUCAUAUCUUUCCUCCCAAAUCACUUGUGCAGUAUCAUACAUGCUAUAUAUAUACCACAGCAGAAGGCAGUAGUGUGUGCUGCAUGUAUGUAUGCCCUGAGAGCAAAUGGCACAUUUUCUUGCCAUGCCAAAUCACACUUUAAUCAAUGAAUGGAGUGGACUGAAAGUCAAAUCAUCCCUUUUUAUUGUGAAACUUUCUAUAAGCUGCUGAUGUAUGGGAUAGGGGGGGUGUAAAUACUGUAGAACAUCCCAUAGUGUGUUCUGAUUGGCUGUCCUCUUGUGUGCUUCCUAUUCUAUUGUACCAGUCAUCCAAUCAAUCAUCUUCAUGAGCAUAGGCCCUUACUGAUUUGAUCACCAUCCUGUGUUGUUAAUGGCAACAUGUUUUAUCAAUAGAUAGGGGAUCUCCUGGUAUCUGCUGUGUCUUUGUCUCAGUCCAGGCACAGGGAGACAGAGGACAUGGCUUUCUGGGACGUUAGUGUACUUUACAGUAUGCAACUUUUCCAAAUGACCCCUUUGCUUUAUCAGGCCUUUCUUGUAUCUACUCUUCUUUGAACUAAAUACAUUUUUUUCAAUAAAAUUUGUCAAAAUUAA